AUGGUUGAGAUAGAAAAACCAGGGAAUGAAGAUCUCGGGAUCAGUUUAGCUCCAUGCCACGAGGUGAAAACCGGACAGAAUGCUUUCUUUAUCAAUCACAUUCGUCAAGGAAGCAUCGGAGAUCGAUGUGGGGCUUUGUUCGUAGGGGACCGUGUUGAAGCAAUCGAUGACAUACACGUGGAAGACCUGACAUUACAAGAAGCUAUGCAUCGACUGAAACACAACGGCUUGGACAGUGUGCGUCUACAAAUUGUUCCCAAUGCAAUUAUGGAUGUGGAAAAGCAAAGUCGAACUGGUGCCGGCCGAUCGAGGGAUCUCGGUCGGAUGCAGCCCCAACAACCGUUUGCACAACUGUUAUUGCAAGACCAGCAGCAGCAACAACAACAGCUUGCUCCGUGGCCCGCUGCAUCUCCCACAAUAUCUCGACAUCGAUCCCGGUCCAAAGGCCAUACAGGUCCCGCAGAAGGAUCAACGGAAGCUGCCUGUGUGUGUGAACAUGAGCUCCGAUAUCCAGGGCUAGAUGAGUACCGAACCGGUCCAGAUAAUCAUAUUUCUGGCAACGUGACCUCCGAGUGGAAUCCCGAACUAAAACAUCGCAGUAUAGCAAAAAGUCUGAACUGGGUCUAUGGAAACUCGUCCCGUCGGAGGGAACAAACAAAAGCACUUUUUGAAUCCGGGGUGAUACAGGAAGGGGAUCGUGUGAUCACAAUGAACGGACAGUCCACGUUAAAUCGUACGAUUGAAGAAUUGACAAUGGAGUUUCUCCGGCCUGAUCCGCAUCGAUCACGUGCUCCACUCAGUCUCACCUUGGUCACACAAUACUCUGUGGCUGAUACGGUCGUGCCCAGCUCGGGGGUGUUUGACGUGAAAUUGGUGCGCAGAGCAGCCAAUCUCGGUAUUAAUCUUCAAGGUAUGUGCUGCGUCAUCGAGACUGAGUAA